GUGCUGUGCUCUGAUUGGCCGCCUGCAGGCGUCAGGCGUGACCGUGAACGAUGAGGUCAUCAGGGUGUUCAACGACAUGAAGGUGAGGAAGUCUUCGUCCCAGGACGAGGUGAAGAUGAGGAAGAAGGCGGUCCUGUUCUGUCUCAGCGAGGACAAGAAGAAGAUCAUUGUGGAGGAGGGCAAGCAGAUCCUGGUGGGGGACAUCGGGGACACCGUGGACGACCCCUACGCCUGCUUCGUCAAGCUCCUCCCCCAUAACGACUGUCGCUACGGGCUGUACGACGCCACCUACGAGACCCGCGAGUCCAAGAAGGAGGACCUGGUCUUCAUCUUCUGGUACGCAGUACUACACACAGUACACACACCUGGUCUUCAUCUUCUG